AUGUCUUCUGGAGGUCUUCUGCUGCUGCUGGGACUCCUCACCCUCUGGGCAGAGCUGACCCCUGUCUCCGGCCGAUACUGUCCAAAAAAGCCUGGGAAGUGUCCCACACCUGAUCCAAACGUUGUGACUAUUUGUAUCGUGACAUGUGGAAGUGACUGGGAGUGUCCCGGGAAGGGGAAAUGCUGCAGUUAUGGUUGCUUGGUUCAGUGCAUGGGUCCUAAAUAA